AGCACGGUCUCUGCGAAAAUCUUCUUUCCUUUCUGAGUUCUCACCAACGCAACGGAAGUGGUGCAAUCGCUGCUGAUAGUACCGAUUUGCCUCCUUUCGUGUCACUAUCACCAUCAACUGAUUCGGCAAUUGUAGGAAAAGAGUGAAAAAUCAGCUCUUACGGGGCGCGGUACCAGCGGCAGAUAUCACUUGCCAGUGAACACUGAAACGACACGCGCUUCUCCUCUGUUUUUUAUUUUAUUUUCGGACUUAUUUGGUUCCCUUUAUUUGUGAAGUUAAACAGUCUCUCUGCUCAUUUUUUUCUCCUUGUUGUUGCACGUUUUGACGACGGCGGUUGGCGGCUUCAUGACUACUUCGUAUAUUACACUUGCGGCUUUGAACUCGUUGUAAAGCCCAUCUUGUCAAGCUGCUUCCACUUAGUGCUUUCGCUGCGGACGGCUCCUGCGUUUAUUCCGGACCGCGAUGCCGAAGGCGUUUCUCGACGCGGCGCAGCGCCAACGGUCAGAUCAGCUGCACUCCACCCACAGGGCGCUCUCCGCUGUCGAGGAGGCCGCCAGGAAAGCCGUAAAGCAGCACGACAAGUACAUGCGAACGAUGGAGAGCGUAGUCUCCGCCAUCCUCGACAAUAGCGACCGCAUGGAGGAAACGCGAAUGUUGUUCGGCCCACAGGGCGAGGAGGUCAUCGCCCCCACCUUUGAAGUCACGGGCCGCUUCGCCGAUGCCUUCGUUGCGUGGAAGUCAUCGGCAGAAGUGCAGAAGAUGCGCGAAGAUUUAGACGCGCUGGGGUACCUGAGCGGCAUGGCGAAGCGCAGCGUCAAGCUGGCGGAGAAGUCCUCGUCGGAUCUCGAGAAGGCGGCGCAAAACGCAGCGCAGGUGCGCAAAAAGGCAAAGGAUGUCGCGGUGGGCCGCACCCUCACCUCGCGUGAAAACCGUCGAGCGGCGAAACGGACAGAGGUGGAGGCGCAAGUGCAGGUGAUGAACGACGCGGUGGUGGAAAGCAUGCUCUCCAUCGCGAAGUGGUGGUCGAGCAAGUUGGUCGCCGUGACGAACGGCAUCUACUCUAGCUACGCCGACAUCGGCGCGGCCACCACCGCCCUCUUCCCACCUCCCUCGCCUGCUGUACGACCCGUCUCCGCCGGAGAGCACGCACCGCUCGGCACUCCUCCCCCUCCUCCUCAGCCACCGGCGCUGCCACCUUCAGAGCUGCGUCAAGACCCAUCGCUGAACCACCUGACGGCAGUGCACGCGGAUCCCACCGUGCCUGCGGCCCACUCUAUUCCUCCCUCCUCCGUGAGCGCACGGCAUCCGCAGACGACGACAACGAAUUCAUCCGUUUCUAACACCCGAACCGCCACCGCCGUCACGGCGAACGCAGAAACUUUGACGCGCAACGCGGCGUCGUCGCCUUCGCUGCUGACCUCGGCGGAGCACCGAGACGACGCCGGUGGCCCCAUGCAAGGGAGGGCCAGCGAGGCGGUCACCGUUGUGCCACCUCCAACCGCAGGAGUGCCCCUUGUCUUUCGUACCAGAUGA